AUGGAGGUAAUUUGUAAGUCCGAAAAUGAUGGUAUUCUUUGUUUCGACACAACUGAAAGUCUUUUUCUAUGGAAUGAAAUAGAGAAUAUUACUCCAAAUCCUCAUCAAUCAACUUACAAAUUGAACAAUUUUAAUUGGAAUAAAGCAGCAAAACGACCACGAACUCUGGUUUGCCAUGAUCAUCGUGGAGGUAUCACUUGUACUUCUCUACCAAACAAAGACAAAGAACGCCAAAUUCCAAUUUAUUCAUUUUUUCAUUGGUGGUAUAUUGACAUUUUUGUUUAUUUCUCCCAUCAUUUUGUUACUGUGCCGCCUGAUGUUUGGAUUUUGGCUGCACAUCAACACGUAGUUUUGAUUUUAGGAAUAUUUAUAAUCGAAUCAGUCUCUCUUUUCAAUCAAUCUUUUUCUGAUGAUUCCAUUACCGAUAAAAUUGUUUCUUCCCUCGUUGAUUUAUGCAAAAAUAUGAAUUUUGAUGGCUGGCUUAUUAAUAUUGAAAAUCGCGUUUAUUCUGUUUAUUUGGACCGAUUAGAAGGGUUUCUGAGAAAGUUGAGACGAGAUUUGCGAGAUAAUGUUCAUAAUUGCACUCAAGUUGUAAAUUCUGGUGAAUUGUGUUGGCAGAAUGAGCUCAAUAAGGACAAUAUGCGUUGGUUCUCAUCUGUUGAUGGUUUUUACACAAAUUAUGGCUGGACAGAAUGUCAUCUUCAACGAACUCUCGAAACUUUUUACAAAAACUUUUCUGAGGACAAAUCUCUUUUUGAUAUUUAUAUUGGAAUUGAUGUUUUUGGACGGGGUUGUACAGGCUGGGAAUGCUUUAAACCUUUGGAAGUUAUUCGUCGUUACAACUUUUCUACAGCAAUAUUUGCGCCAGGUUGGAUUUGCGAGACUUGUCCUAAAAGGGAUCAGAAAAUUAGUCUUUUUGAUAAUUCUGAGAAGUUCUGGAAUUUGUUAAAGGUUUCUAAUUUUAUUCUUUACUUAAUUUUUUGGGCUAGAUAA